UGAAGAACAGAGAAAGGAAUACCAUUCUAUAUUUAAAAUUUCUAGAAAGUUGUCGCUGUUCUCUUAAAUUGACAGCUGGUUAACCAAAGUGUCAGUUUAUCGGAAGUGUUGUUCGAGUUCGAAUAGUAUUGCGUGUGACAAGUUUUUUAAAGUAUAAUCAAGAUGCCUCGACGAGGUCGUUCUGCAAGCCCUCCUCCUGCGCCCCAACGCCGGGCUGCACCUCAACAGAGCUAUGUCCCGGCUCGUGCUCCACCUGCAGCUCCAGCUCCCGCUCCUGCGGCAGCUAUGGCUCAGCCCCAGCAGCCCUCAAUGUUUUCGCAGAUGGCUGCCACAGCAGGUGGUGUAGCCGUCGGAUCUGCAGUGGGUCAUGUGGCUGGUAGUGCUAUAACUGGCUUGUUCAGCGGUGGAAGUAGCAGUGAGCCUGCACAACAGCAAGCAGCACAGCCUGCAGCUCAAACACUAAACCAGUACCAGAACCAGCAGCCCCAAGGACCCUGUGCUUGGGAGAUUAAGCAGUUUAUUGAAUGUGCCCAGCAGCAACAUGACCUGAGCCUUUGCGAGGGAUUCAAUGAGGCUCUGCGUCAAUGCAAGAUUAACAACCACAUCUAAAUUUAGAAAAAUCUUCAAGGUGCCAUACUAUUGUUAAAUCAAGUAAAAUGCUUUACUAUUUUCCAACUUCAAUAUUUAUGUUGUACAAGAAAUAUGUACACACAGUCUAUUCCAUCAGAGGCUUUUUCAAAAUUAAAACUUUUGUUAUGAAAAAUUGUAAUGGGCACCUUCCAAGUAGUUAUUAUUUCUGACUUAGACUAAUGGAAAUAUGAUUUCCUUGCACUAGCAAAUUAAAUAGUGUUUUUAUUAUUAUUUUACAUUAUUAUUUAAGACAAUUUAUUGUGAUGUAGAAUUCUAUAAACUCAAUUUAUCCAUUUCUUUUAUUAACUUUUAGAACAAUAAAAAAAAAUAAAAAACCAAAAACCCAA